GAUAAAAUCGUCCUGGAGGCUGGAGUACAUUUUUAAAUACAGCACGAAAGAAAGGAAUGAUUUUGCGUGCAUUUCUCGAUUCCCGCUAAACACCCUUUGCUCAUUCCCUCCCAGGCACUCAAGCACACCUACAGUCACGGUGUCUCUCUCACACACACACACAGCCUCUCUCACACACACACACAGCCUCUCACACUCACACACUGUGCGUAUUCAUCAUCAUAUAAUUUGUGAAUUCACACUUUUAUUCAAACACAACUGUUCCGUAACUGAGCUUUUGUGCAGCUGUAUUCGGACUCGUAAGGAAGUAAGGAAACUAUUAUCGAUAGAAGUAGCUUAAUGUAUCGACCGAAGUUCAAAGUUAAAUCAAGUUCUGCUGGAACCAAAACUGAUACAGGCAGUAGUAAAGGAUUGUCGAAGAAUCUUAGUCCAUCGCAGAAGAUUAUUAGAGAUUACAAGAGAAGUGAACUCAACAAGUAUAUAGCUUCACCAACUUGCCCUAAUACGCCAAAAACCAGCAUUACAGAAUGGCAGGUUUUGUACACUGCUCAAUUAACUCAGAAGGCCAAGAAGUUUCAUGAUGGUAUCUUAAAACUUUCAGUAUGUGGAUCUCAAAGGAGGCAGGUCUUUCUGUAUGAUGAAACUGGGAGACUUCUGGAUAGCAGGUUUCUUAAAAGCGAUGAAAACAUUAGGUCUGGUGAAUCAUUGAAGUUGGAUGGCCAUUUGGUGGACAUAGGAAACCUGAAUGGAGACAAUGAGCCUCACGAAGAGUCAAAACUUCAAGGAGGUGAUUGCGUUGUGGUUAAAGAAACAGGAAGACAUCAUCAGCAAGUCCAGGAACAAACUAAUUUUCAUGGUUACGGGAGAAGUGAAGUCAAUAAGUAUAGUGCUUCACAAUGUCUGAAUACAUCAAAAACCAGCACGACAGAAUGGCAGGUCUUGUACACUACUCAAUUAACUCAGAAGGCCAAGAAGUAUCACGAUGGUAUAUUAAAACUUUUUGUAUAUGGAUCUCAGAAGAGACAGGUAUUUCUGUACAAUGAAAGUGGGGGACUUCUAGAUAGCAGGUUUCUUAAAAGCGAUGAAAAUGUUAAGUCUGGCGAAUCACUGAAGUUGGACAGCCAUUUAGUCAACAUAGGAGAACCAAAAACAGACAAUGAGACUGUCGAAGAGUCGAAAUAUCCAGGAGGUGAUCGCAUUGUGUCAGGAGAAACAGAAUGGGAUGCGAUGUACACUGCUCAAGUAACUCAGAGAAAUAAGAAGUACCACAGUGGGAUUCUAAAACUUGCUUCUUGUGGUUCCUACAGAAUGCAGGCUACUUUAUUAGCGGAAGAUGGAACUACUUUAUGCCGCAGAUAUCUCAAGUUAUCAGAACAUGUAAGUUCUGGAAGUGAAUUUCAAUUUCCCAGUUAUUUGGUGGAGGUUGGCGAGCCACGUAAACAUCAUGAUGCACAUCUUCAAAACAAAGCUCUUAUUUCCAGAGAUAAAGCUUCGGUUGUCAGUAGCUCCAGCAUAGACAACACCAAAAUAAGCAAGAGAGCCCAUGCAAACAAAUUUUCUGGUGAUGAACUUCAAAGCAAGGAUUCACCAUGUGAAGAAUCAGAUUCUUUGAGAUGCUCUAGAGUUGAGAAAACCAAAGAAAGUAUGGAAAUAUGUUUUGCAGGAGUUCAAAGCAAGGAAUUACAAUGGAAAAAACCAGGUUCAGUUGUUAGAAGCUCUAAAGAUGAAAUAAAACCAAGUGGGGAAACAUCUGUAGAGAAGCCAGUACGUGAUGUGCAUGGAAUCUUGUCUUUCCUCAAAAAACCUGUAAAUCAGGAGUGCAGUGUUUCCGUUAAAAGAGAAUUUUCAGAAGAAGGCCAUGCUUUACAAGAUUUGGAUAUUUUUCAUAUUGAAAUCCAGAAUAGUGUACAAGGACAGCUUGUGGAUGACUCCCGUGGUCAAUGCAGUGCUCUGGAGGAUAGCAAUGGUGACAUUGCAGAUAUUAUUUCUUCUGAUGCAAGAGAAGAUCCAGAAUCAAAGAUUCUUGCUUCUGCAGUUUCUUUGUGUCAUGGUAACAAGCAAAAGCCAACAUCUUCCACAUUUACAUCUCAAAUUGUAGAUGACGAUUCUGGAUUUCAACAACCAAUAGUGUCCGCAAUGCCCAAUGGAUUAAGUGCAAAAGAUAACAUUAACAAUCAUCAAGAAUCAGUAUUUUCUCAAGUCUAUGCAGCAGCAUCUAGAUUCGGCUUUGGUCAACCACUCAAAGAGGUUAAACGUAAAAAGCUGUCACAGCUAUCUGUCGAUAGUCUGGGAAUCAAUUCAAGAUGCAAUGAAUCAUCUGACCCUUGUAAUGUUGACGGGGAGAAAUUCAGCACAGUUGUAACUGAUGAAUUCCCAUCUUUUGAUCUUGGAUUCUAAAUGAAAGAGUCUGAGAGACUAUUCUGAACAGAUAUAUGGCUGCAAAAGUUUCCCAGGCCCCAAGCUAGUCAUCUAGCUGUGAAUAAAUCUCGCAAACUACUGUUCCGGACAGAAUCAGUUUUUCUUGAUAAAUAUCACAAUCAAGUUGUCAUUAUGAGAUGAUUGUAUUCAGUUUGGCUGGUCAAGCAUGGUUGUCAAACCUAAAUAUGUAGCUCAAAGGCUGGUUCAGUUACCAAUAUUAGUGAGAUCUGAAGGGGGGCUUCUUUUUUUCCCAGUUAUAAGUUUGUAUGCAGUUUAGAGAGUUAUAUAAAGGCCUUUCCAUAAUUGUGCAACAUUCUCUAUUAUGUUUUAAAAUCAUAUAUCCUUCUAAUAAUAAUUUUAUCA